AGACAGUGUAAGGGGGAAGGGGGUUAACCCGAGUGGACUAAAAAACCUCCUCAUUUCAUGCUACACGUACACCACAUCUAAGCUACACGUAAAGACACAACAAAGGCUAUUUACAUGCACAUAAAAAAAAGAAUUAAUUCCACUUUAGGUCCUCCAAGUUUUGUGUCAUUUCCAUAUUUAGUCAUCGUCUUUCACUUUAUCCAUUUUUGGUACCUGACUAUUGUUUUCUUGACCAUUUUCGGUCCAUCUCUGGGCAUUUUUACUACCGGAAAAGGACUAUAUAUGGUCAAGAAAACAAUAGUCAGGUACCAAAAAUGGAUAAAGUUAAAGACGAGGACUAAUUGUGGAAUUGGUGCAAAAUUCGAAGGACCAUAAGUGGAAUUUCUUCUAUAAAAAAAUACUCCCUCCGUCCCUAAUAACUUUGCCAAGUUUGACCGGCACGGGGAUUAAUAAAGUAAAAAUUGUGUGGUUGAGGUUUGUGCAGAGGAGAGAGAAUUAACUGGAACCACAAAUUCUUUACUUAAAUGGGAAAGUGGCAAAGUUAAUGGGACAUCCAAAAAAGGAAAGUUGGCAAAGUUAUAAGGGACGGAGGGAGUACUAAAUUAGCUAAAGUGAUUAACAAGUUUAACUUCCAACACUUGCACUAGCCAUUUCUUACCACGUGAAGGCUAUAGGUGACAGCUUGACAGACAUGAUUUGACAGACCCAUACCUUAUCCAGUUGAGAUGAUUUGAAUGGAAAGCCGUUCACACCAACAUUGCAGACUGGUCGGGAAAACCUAUUUAGAAGAAGGAAUGUCACUUAUAACGGGCCCCGCGAAGAGGCCACCAGAAGUCCAAACAACUAUCAUAGUCCCGAACGGGAGCCUCGUCCGGCGGCUCCCAGGAGAGUUUUUCACCCGAUGGACGGAUGAACCCAGACGAUACGUAUUACCUGAAUGGUAUUUUCUCGCAAUAAGGGUAUGUUCGCAGAAAACGAACAUGAUUCCUUUCCAAACGGGGGGAGCAUGAACGGGAAGGUGGUCCCGAACAGCGGUCCUCCAGAUUGUAACCACCGCCCGAAGAUGCUGAAUUCGAAUGGGAGAUUCCCUUCACGCAGCAACACCAAGCAUCAACUCCUCUGGACAUCGGUUGGGGUAAGCAGCUGUACUCUGUACAGGGUGACCGGCUCUAUAAAAAUAUGUCGUUCGUGAUUGAAUUGACCCGAACGUUUUUUCUUGAUGGCUUGAGGUGUGAGCUGCUAGAAUAGGGGAACCUCCCAGAACUCUAAACAUUCCCAGGCAGCUCGAACCUGGGCGGGGAAACUUAGAACCUGCAGCACCCAGUUCGCCGAGGGGCCCACCUCCCGAUCGAGGACCUCAGAAUAACAAACGCUAAUAGCAGGCAAAGCAUCAUUGAUUAACGACUAGAAAUUAUCAACCUCAGUGACAACCUUUGACAUUCAGACAGAACAACCCAGGAAUUGCAGGCCAUGGAGGAGCAGGCAUGGUCGAUGUCACUUGAGAAAAGUACCCGGUCGGCUCAAGCAAGGAGGUACACUUACCGAAGUGCAUAGCUACAGGUCGUUCGCUAUCCGGCUCAAGUUCUGCACUUUGCCGUUCGGCAAUCUGUCGUUCGACAUCGGACUGACUGGCCUAAGAAACCUUUUUUUUUUUUUUGGGAGCUGGGACUGAUCUGACCUUUUGUAUAAACGCCUGUGCGGCCCUGCCUUUGGGAGGUGGGCUGGUCUUUGCCAAGUGAAGAACCGAGAGGCAUCUAGAAUGCAUUUGGUCGUUGGGUCCCUUAAUCAGUUAAUUGGAUACGAAUUGAAAUAGGAGCGUUAUAUCACAACCUUGGAUUAUUAAGGCCCAAACUUCUCUUAUGGUUGUCUACCAGGAAGACUGAGACGGCCAUGCCGAACGGAAAAUGUUGCAUCUAUCUCAAGCCUCUAUAAUUUCGGCCAUCUCCAAAGAGCUAAGUAUCACACACUUUACUCUUUUACUUAAAUUAUAUAUCAUGCAUUAGGUAGUAUUAUUGCUACCACAUCGUUACAUCACCGUUGUUUAUUAGGAUUAAAUAUUCCUAAAAUCACCGAUGAUAAGUUACCAUCAUUUUAAAUUAGAUGAUUUGUUUAGUGGGCUGACUGGCCAACCCACGAUCGGGUGUAAUUGUGUGAUCGUAGUGUCCCCGAAGGGUAUCACUCCGGCGACAUGUUUUAAUACAGUGAAGUCCCGCUAGGCACCGGGCGCUAAUACAUUGAAGUAGUAAUUGUUGUUAGUAGAAAAUUUACGAAGGAAAUAAAAUUCCGGAACAAAAUAAAUGUUGAACAAAGUUUUAUUAUUGAAAUCACCAAGAAUUUAAUUAAAUGGUUGGUUCUAAUGGGCGCAUGAAUCCGCCACCGAUCGGCUCAAAUUAGCUGAUUGAAGCGUCUCCAAGGACGUUGCCCGAUGACGUAUUUUAAUUUUAAGACCUCUCAUGGUCUCGUUCGGCAUUAAGUGCCCGAACGGCAAUUGUACCCAGUACGGGGCAAAGUACGUACUAAGACCAACCCGGCAAACCACUAGGUGGUUCCAGUCAUGGACUCUAUGCAAUUCGAGAAAUGAAUCUAGGCCGAGGGUUAUUAUUACCAGCUCGGUCGGUAGUCACGAAUAAAAAUUAAUAAUAAAAGGAAAAUAUUAUGCAUGUGUGUAUAUAUACUUUGCAUAUAUUGUUCGGCCGUACGGCCGUAUUACCAUGCUGAUUGUGCAGUGAAAUUCGUUCGAUAUUCUUGAACGGGGAGAUCAUGAAGCACAGAGAUGUUCAUGAUGAUUCAGCAUGAAGCGCAUGGACGUUCAUGACUGGAAACGAAAAAGAAUAAAAUUCAUUCAGAACCGUUCGGUCAGCUCGAACGGGGAGAUCAUGGAGUACAGAGACGUUCAUGACAUACGGCAUGAAUUAAAGCACAGAGACAUUCAUGACCGGCAAAAAGAAAUCACAAUCAUUCGGAGCCGUUCGGUAUGCUCGAGUUGGGAGAUCCAUGAUAUUCGGCAUGAAGUGCAGAGACAUUAUGAUCGGUAAGAAGGAAUCACCACAUUUAGAGUCAUUCGAUCAGCUCAAACGGGGAGAUCAUGAAGCGCAAAGACGUUCAUGGUCGAUCGAGAAAAGGAGGGACUACAAGUAUGUAUGUACCAUGACACAUGGAGAGGAGAUCAUCACAACCAAGGGCAGUGAGACAAGUAUCUUCCACCAGGAGGCCGAGGGCCUCAAGGAGACCAUCAGGUCCAUCACAGCCGGAAGACGAGAAUCACGACCGUCGAUCGUUGACGAGGAUGACUCAAGACCGUUUGGGGGCUCCGGAUCCGAUCAUUGACCACUGACAAGGAUGACUCAAGAAUGUUCACGGACUCUAGGUUCGGGCGUUGACCAUGGACGAGGAUGACUCAAAAGUGGAUGAUGGGGAUUCCAAAAUGGCUAUUGACCGUGGACAACCCCGAACCACUGAGGAUCCCGGAUCAGGGCAUCGACCACGGACAAGGAGGAUCAAAGAUCCAGUCAUUGACCGUAGACGAGGAUGAAUCUCGAACGUUUGAGGAUCCCGAAUCCGGUCGUCGGUCGUGGACGAGGAUGACUUUGAACGAAGACACAGAUCCAAGGAAGUCCGAGGAACAGCACGAGCAAGAGUAUACUUUCUUGAGCAGAUUCACAGGCUCACUACUCAAGAAACUGGGGGACUUGUGUUGGGAUAUAUUAUCCCGGUCUACUAUUGUUCAGAGGCCCAAGAUACCGCCCCGGUACGGGGCCCAAUCGGUGUGGUCCGUUUCAGCCUAACAGGCCCAUUCCGGCCCAACACGGCCCAUUUAGGCCCAUUGGCUCAAAUGGGGGAAAACCCUCACACCCCUCCCCCAUCUAUAAAUAGGAAGCAAAGCUUCCUACUAAAGGAUCCCUCUUUCUGGCUCUUCUCUCCUGGAGAGAGCUUCUCCUUCCCAUGUAUUGUUUCUUCUUCUUCUUUGUAGAAUAGCUAAAAGACUUCCAUUGAUGGAGUGCAAUCUUUGUAUUAUGUAAAAUGGUGAGGAGAGCUUAUUAAUGAGAAAGAGUGGGCUUGGACGUUAGCCUAAAAAGUCCCGUGGUUUUCUCCCUUUCCGGAUUUC